AUGUGUAUGCUUAUUUCAGUUGUCAAAGGACAGAAAUGGACAGGUACUUUCGCAUGGAAUGAUCAAUGCAACUCAAAAUAUUGCUGCUGUUAUGCUGGUAAAUUAACUGUCAGUGCUUCUGGUUCCAAUCUUAUGUUUACAUCGGGUACAAAAGGAUGUCCAUCAUCCACAUCUUCAUCUACAUUUUCAAAUCCAAAUGGUUAUUCAUUUUCUACAAUAGGAGCAAGAGGUGCACAAAUUACUUAUAUGCUUAGCUCGGAUAGUAAUACAAUAACGGCUAAAAAUGCUGGAUAUAGCUAUUGUGAAGGUAGUGCUCGCCGUACUUCAGCGGGAACACGUUCAUAUCCAUUGAUUAUUUCAUUUAUAAUUCUUUGUGCUGCCAUACAAAUCGUGCUUUGA